AUGAAAGGCAUCACCGCCUUCAUCACGGCCGCGGCCCUCGUGGGCCAGACCCUCGCCGCUCCGCCGGAGCAACCACCCACCCAGGUUCUCGAGAAACGCGCCGCGCCAACCGUCACCGUCGAGGGCGGCUCCAUCAUCGGCUCGUCCCGGUUGGCCACCGAGGCCUUCAAGGGUAUCCCGUUCGCCAAAGCCCCCGUAGGCCCGCUGCGGCUCAAGCCCCCCGUCAAGCCGGACACACCACUGGGCGUGUUCCAUGCGACCGGCUACGCACCGGCGUGCCCACAGUUCCUAGCGGACAACGACUCCAACGACUUCUUGACGCGGGUCAUCGAUACUCUCACGGACCUACCGUUCUUCCAGAAAGCGCUGAAUGUCAGCGAAGACUGCUUGACGAUUGAUGUGAUCCGGCCCGCGGGCACCAAGGCGGGGGAUAAGCUGCCCGUUUUGUUCUGGAUCUUUGGUGGUGGUUUUGAGUUUGGCUGGAGCUCGAUGUACGACGCGGGCCCGCUCGUCAGCAAUGCUGUCAACAUGGGCAAGCCGUACAUCUAUGUGGGCGUCAACUACCGUGUCGGUGGCUUCGGCUUCAUGCCCGGCAAGGAGAUCCUCGCUGACGGUGCGGCGAACCUCGGCCUUCUGGACCAACGCUUGGGUCUGGAGUGGGUGGCGGACAACAUUGCGGCAUUCGGCGGCGACCCGGACAAGGUGACGAUCUGGGGCGAGUCGGCCGGCUCCAUCUCCGUCUGGAACCACAUGGUCAUGUACGACGGCAACAACAAGUACAACGGCAAGCCGCUCUUCCGCGGCGGGAUCAUGAACUCGGGCAGCGUGGUGCCCACGGACCCCGUCGACUGCGCCAAGGGCCAGGCCGUUUACGAUGCCGUCGUGGCCAAGACCACCUGCGUCAACAAGCCGGAUACGCUAUCUUGUCUCCGCGCGCUACCCUACGACCAGUUCCUCAACGCGGCCAACUCGGUGCCUUCGAUCCUGUCGUACAACGCGCUGGCGCUCUCGUACCUCCCGCGGCCCGAUGGCAAAGUGCUCACGCAGAGCGGCGAUAAAGCCGCGCUCUCGGGCAAGUACGCGGCGGUGCCCAUGAUUAUCGGCGACCAGGAAGACGAGGGCACCCUGUUUGCGCUGUUCCAGCCCGACCUCACAACCACAGAUAAGGUGGUAAAGUACCUCAAGGACCUCUACUUCGCGACGGCCACCACAGACCAGGUCAGGACGUUUGUGAACCUGUACCCCACCAGUAUCACAGCCGGCUCGCCCUUCGGCAGCGGCAUCUUCAACGAGAUCUACCCGGGCUUCAAGCGGUUGGCGGCCAUCCUGGGCGACAUGGUGUUCACACUCUCGCGUCGCGUUUUCCUCGAGGGCACAACCACGAUCAACCCGGACGUGCCGGCAUGGUCCUACAUCGCCAGCUACGACAAGGGCACGCCGAUCAUGGGCACGUUCCACGCCAGCGACCUACUGCAGGUGUUCUUCGGCGUGCUGCCUAACUACGCCAGCAAGAGCAUCCAGGGCUACUACGCCAACUUUGUGUACAACUUGAACCCCAACGACGCGAGCGGCGGGACGAGCGCCCAGAGCAAGAUCAAGGAGGACUGGCCGCAGUGGAGGAAUUCGACCAGGCAGCUGAUGAACUUUUUCCCGUGGCGGAACGAUAUCCUGAAGGAUGACUUCCGUGACGCGGCGGCGAGGUAUUUGUUGACGAACCUGGAGUCGUUCUACUUUUAG